AUGAGGUCGUUCGCUCUUUUGUCAUCGGCGCUGGUAGCGCUGGCCCAGACGGCAACCGCCGUCACGGGUGCCGCAGAGGGUUUUGCCAAGGGAGUCACCGGGGGCGGCAGCGCCACCCCUGUGUACCCCAAGACCACGGCCGAGCUGGUCUCGUACCUGGGCGACUCGCAGCCUCGCGUCAUCAUGCUCGACCGCACCUUUGACUUCACCGGAACCGAAGGCACUGCCACCGAGACGGGCUGCGCUCCCUGGGGCACCGGCUCGGGCUGCCAGCUGUCUCUGAACAAGAACAGCUGGUGCGACAACUACCAGCCCAACGCUCCCAAAGUGAAGGUCACGUACGACAAGGCCGGCGUUCUCGGCAUCACGGUCGGGUCCAACAAGUCCCUCAUCGGUGUCGGCAGCAAGGGCAUCAUCAAGGGCAAGGGCAUCCGCAUCGUCAACGGCGCCAAGAACGUCAUCGUCCAGAACAUCCAUAUUACCAACCUCAACCCAAAGUACGUCUGGGGCGGUGACGCCAUCACCCUCGACAACACCGACAUGGUGUGGAUCGACCAUGUCACCACCUCCCUGAUCGGCCGCCAGCACAUUGUUUUGGGCAACAACGCCUGCGGCCGCGUCACCAUCUCCAACUGCAAGUUUGACGGUCAGAGCACCUACUCUGCCACCUGCGACACCUACCACUACUGGGGCAUGUACUUCACCGGUUCCAACGACAUGAUCACCUUCAAGAACAACCUCAUCUCGCACAUGUCGGGGCGCUCCCCCAAGGUCGCCGGCAACACGCUGCUACACGCCGUCAACAACUACUGGUACGACAGCACCGGCCACAACUUCGAGGCCGACACUGGCGCCAAGAUCCUGGUCGAGGGCAGCGUUUUCCAGAACACCAAGACGCCGCUCGAGGCGGGCGGCGCCGGCAAGGUCCUCGCCAUCAGCUCCAACGGCGCCGUCUGCUCCCAAUACCUCGGCCGUGUCUGCCAGGCUAACGGCUUCGGCUCUUCGGGUACCCUCUCGGGCUCUGAUACUACGUUCUUGUCGUAUUUCAAUGGCAAGAACAUUGCUAGCGCCACCAGCUACGCUACGGCUAAGAAUGUCGUCAACACGGCUGGCUUUGGCAAGAUCUAG